AUGCGAGAGUUUAGCCUACUGCUCCUCUUCUGGGGGUGCUGUGGCAUCUGCAGAGGGGUGUCACUCAGUCCACUUGGGGCAGACCCCACCUCGACGGGUAUUGGUGGGUGUGUGGACUCCACCAUGUGCCCAGAUCAUGCCAUCUGCCACAACAUGACCUCUGGCCGUUACUACUGUGAAUGCAAGCAGGGCUAUCAGCCCAGCAACAGACAAAACCGCUUUGUAGAGCUGGGAGUGACGUGCCAAGAUGUCAACGAGUGCUCCCAAAACCCCACACCCUGUGGGCCUCACUCCGAGUGCAGAAACAUGCGGGGAAGGUACAGGUGCAGCUGUCUGCCUGGCUUCUCCUCACCCACUGGCAAUAACUGGGUUCCAGGCAACUCAGGCAAUUUCAGCUGCACAGACAUCAACGAAUGCCACAGCAAUGGAACCUGCCCCAGGGAUUCCGACUGCGUCAAUUCUGCAGGAAGCUACACUUGUCGUUGUCACAACGGGUUUGUCUUUCACAACUCAGCCUGUCAAGACAUAGAUGAAUGCAAGAAAACCCAAACCUGCCCUGAGCACGCCAUCUGCCACAACACAGUCGGAAGCUACCAUUGUGUUUGCAAGGAUGGAUUCGACUCCACAAGUGGCGAAGUCCUUUUCAAGGGACGGAGAGAAUUGUGCGAAGACAUAGACGAGUGCUCCAAAAACCGUACCAUCUGCGGUGCUAACUCGGUGUGCGGUAACACAGUGGGAGGAUACAACUGUUCCUGCAUGCCUGGCUUCCGCCCUACCGGCGUCUGGACCCCCCAGGACUUCAAGGCUUUGAAAUGUACAGGUAAUGGUGUCUCCGUGGGUAUCAAACAGAAACACGGAACGGGGCUGCCCGUUCUUGCUUGUAGGGUUUAUAGGGCUUGCCCCAACUCCAUCUGCACCAACACCCUGGGCUCCUACAGCUGCACUUGUGCCCCCGGCUUCUGGCCGGAAAGUGCCCAGGGACACGGCAACAGCAGGUGUAAAAGUAACUAUAGCCCCGGCUGGGUGUCGGCCAAGAUUUUUCUCAUCUCAUUGGCAAGACUAUCGGUUUGUCGAGCAGCCAGGACUUGGCUAUUUUGCUUGCCAACAUGUUUUAUGCAGAACUGGUCUAGUAGUGAUGGAUUCUACCCAUACACAUAUUUAAAAAGCCAGGAGCCGGGGGCUCCAUCUGGUCUCCCAUGUGGGUAUCAGGGGCCCAAGCGCUUGGACCAUCCUCUGUUGCUUUCCCAGGCGCACGAGCAGGGAGUUAGCUGCGAAGUAGAGCAGUUGGGAUUUGAACCUACGUCGCUGUGGGAUUCUGGUGCCGCAGGCGGUGGCUUAGCAUGCUGUGACCUCGCCAGUGUCUUGCCGAGGUGCAAGUGUGGUGUGACGGCUUCUGUCUUUUCUCCAGAGGCUCCCUUCAAGUGCAGGAGUGACGUGGACUCUCUCGGCAAGUGGGAGCAGCAAUGCCACACAGCAGCAGCAGCCAGGGACCCACAAGAUGCCGCUUACUGCAGGCUCAUGAACUCCGCCUUGGGUGUGCUGGACAACACCUGUAAGAACGAAACCACCGCAGCGACUCUGAAGACGGCAGUGAACAACCUCACCUCUGUGCUUGAGCAGACAUCCAAGAGGUCCAGCAACUUCACCAGGGAGGAGGCAUCCACCCUGGCCACGGCCUUACUGGAAAGCACAAAGAGCAGCGUCCUGGCGGCCCUCCUACUGCCCUCCGCCGCUGGGAACCACAGCCAGACCAUUCGCACACCGGGCUUGGAUCUGGAGAGCCAAGUUGUCGCGGGAGGAUGCCAGGAAGAGGAUGUGCUAUUCAACCUGGAAGCCAAAGGAGAUGCUAUGAGAAUCAGCUGUUCCACCAUCGAGGAGUCGGGGUCCACGGGCAGAGCUGGCGUGGCUUUCGUUUCUUUCGUGGGUCUGGAAUCUCUCGUGGAUGAACGCUUCUUCCGAGACCUCUGGGACCUCUCUGUGGACAGACUGAAGAUGAACUCCCGGGUUGUGAGCGGCAUCCUGACCGGGAAGAAGAAAAACGGCUUUCAGAAAGAUGUACUCUACUGGCUGGAAAACAUCCAGCCAAAGCAAAAGCAUGAGACCCCCGUCUGUGUUUCCUGGCACACCGAUGAGGAGGGUGGAAGAUGGACUCGCUCUGGCUGUUCCAUCCUGAAUGACUCCGAGACGUACACCGUCUGUCGCUGCAGACACAUCACCAACUUGGCGGUCAUCAUGGCCCCUCGGGAGGUCACGGUGGACUUUACCUUGUACAUCAUCAGCCACGUGGGCAUCAUCCUGUCCUUGCUGUGCCUCGCCCUGGCCGUCCUUACCUUCUUGCUCUGCCGCUCCAUCCGCAACCACAACACCUACAUGCACGCACACCUGUGCGCCUGCCUCUUCUUGGCCAAGCUGCUCUUCCUCAUCGGCUUCGACAAGACUAACCCCCAGCUGGGCUGUGCGCUCAUUGCUGGCGUUCUGCACUUCCUCUUCCUCGCCUGCUUCUCCUGGAUGCUGUUGGAGGCCAUCACGCUCUUCCUGACGGUCAGGAACCUGCAAGUGGUGAAUUACUUCGGCACCCGCCACGUUAGGAUGCUGCCCCUGUGUGCCUUCGGCUACGGGGUCCCAGGGCUGGUGGUGGCUAUCUCCGCCUGUGUGAAGCCGAGCGGCUAUGGGACUGAGCAUAGCUGUUGGCUGGAGAAGGAGUCAGGGUUUGUAUGGAGUUUCCUGGGCCCGGUGUGCACCAUCAUAGUGGUCAACUGCAUCCUGCUGACCUGGACACUGUGUAUCCUGCGGCAGAAGCUUGGCAGUGUCAACACUGAAGUCUCCACACUCAGGGACACCAGGCUGCUCACCUUCAAGGCUUUCGCCCAGCUCUUCAUCUUGGGCUGUUCCUGGGUGCUGGGCCUUUUCCAGAUUGGAUCUGCAGCACUUGUCAUGGCUUACCUGUUCACCAUCAUCAACAGCUUCCAGGGCGUCUUCAUCUUCCUCAUCCACUGCCUACUCAACCGCCAGGUUCGAGAACAGUACCGGCGAUGGUUCUACAGGCAGUCCGUGACCGUGUCCCAGUCCCAGACCACAGGCAUGGUUCUGACGUCCACCCUCUCCUCUUCCAAAACGAGUUGAAAUCCUCUCCUGCUUUUCAACGCGCCAUGGGGCACCCUUGGCCAAUGGGCCGGACCUCCUGGGACCUGAGAGCCCACCGCUGCUACCUGGAAGACCCUGUGGCUUGGGGCCUGGGUUGGGCCGGGCUGCUC